AAACUCAUCUACUGUACAUCUAAGAUGGCCUGAGGGUGAGGACGUUUUCAGCAACUUUUCUCUUUUGGUUAUUUUCAGAGAUGCAAAUGUAAAAUUUAACGCCCCUUUCUCACCCCACUUCUGAUCUCUUCGCAUGCUUUGGUUUCUUCAAGAUGACAGACACGGACACCUCCAUGGCGUCACCACCUCACUCGUUCUGCAGACAGAUCAGCAGAGAGGAGUUUGAGCUGCAGAGGGUUUCUGGUUCUCAAGAAACCAUCGUGGAACUAUUGGAGAACAUCAUACAAGACAAGAACAUGUCCAUCAAAGACAAGAAGAAGAAACUAAAGCAGAGAUCUCACCCUGACAUCUACAGUAGGCGCUUUCCCGCUGCUGAAAGCGAGGAGCCGGUUUUCCCAGAGAGACCCCAGAGACUCAAAGCUCAGCUGAUGUUCCUCACGCUGAAGAAACCCUUCCAGCCCUUCCAGAGGAGCUGGAGCUUUCGGCUUGAGGCAGUGCUCAGAGUGGUCAGUUUGAUGCCAAGGCGACCGUGUUAAGUAUUGUUACCAAGGAGAGAUGUUACGGAGUAUUAAAGGUUGCAUUCUGCUAGGACAUCCUGAAUCUAAAUAACACUAAAUUCACCUCAUCAGUGAUCAGAUGGAUUAAAUCAAGUAUAAUGCUGUGCAUUGGAGUCCUUUAGGACAAGACACUACAGGCAAAACCAUUGUUUUUUCAUGCACUAGUCAAUUUUGUAAAAAGGUUUUUGGCUAUUUUGCUUUCUUAACAUGCUUACUUCCAGACUAGUGGAAAGAAAAAAUCCAAAAUACACAUUUAAGUGUUUAUUUUAUUACACUUGAUCUAUUUGCAUCUGUAGAUUUCAUUUACAGUACAGAUCUGUAUUAA